CAGUGGCGUCCCGCCCUCCGGAUCAGGUCCGUCCAGAAGGGUUCCGUUUUCGCCGCGAUUCUCACUUUAAAACUUUAUUCCUCGACAACACUCAAAGAAAGCGCGUUUAAAGCGGAGCCAUGGCGGCUGGAGGAAACGGUACGUCAGAUGAACGGAUUGGAGAAGCUCUCAUUAAAGAGGUCAUCGAGGAGGAGCUGCAGGACCUGCCCUCGGAGGACGUCCCCCCCCUGACGCCCCAGGUGGACCUGGUGCAGACCGAGCAGGAGCAGAAGAUGGUGAGCCAGCUGGCCAAGAUGAUCCGCAUCAUCGGAGACCAAGCGAAGGACGACAAGGAGUUCCAGGAUGCGGUCGACGGGAUGGCCAGGGGCUCCGGGUCCAAGUGGGACCGGUUCAAGGAGGUGGCGGCCAAAGUGUUCGAGCACGGCAUCACCUGGGAGAGGAUCGCCGUGCUCUUCUACGUGGCCGGGAAGAUCGCCGUGAGGAUGGUGGAGGCUCAUCUCCCCCAGUCGGUGAGGGACGUCCUGAGGUGGACGGUGGAUUUCUUUAAGAGGAACCUCCUGGGCUGGAUCCGGGAGCACGGAGGAUGGAUCAACAGCUUCUCUGAUCUGGCCGUGGCCUCCGUGCAGAGGGUUUCCUCUCUGAGCUCCCACAGCGUGGGUCUCAUCGUCAUCUUCAUCGCCGGCAUGGCUUUAGGGAGUGUGAUCACCUGGAGGCUGGCCACACGGCCGUGACACACACACGCACACACGCACACACACAGGCACAGAUAUCCAGUCUUGACACCUCAAUCUUGAAUAUUUAUAUUUUGAAUAGUGUUCCAGAUAAUUUCUUCUUUUCUACUUUUCUACAGUGUUUCUAUGCAAAUAUAAGACAUAAAUCUAUUUAUACACAUUUGUUGCAGGAUUAUGAGAACAAACACCAGCUCUGUCAUCAGUGUACAGUAUCACAGUGUGUGUGUACACACACAUCACACACCAGAGGUGGGAGAUUGGAGCCUGAUCAAGUCAUCUCCAUGCCAUGUACCACACCAGGUGAAUCUAAUCAGCCCUGCUCCUCAGCUUGUCUGUGGUACAUGGUGAGGGCAAAAGCAUGGCAUGGAGAUGGUUUGAUCAGGCUCCAAUCUCCCACCUCUGUCGCACACUCGCUCUCUUCUCGUCUUUAAGAUGAAAUUUGACCUCGUGCGUUCGUUGUUUGUUUUGAAUCGGCAUCAUGUGUUUUGCGGCAGUACUGAAUCUUCCCUCGGCAAAACGCACAUCUAUUCACGGUUUCACUCUGAAACUUCAGCAGAAGUAGACAUAAUGCGAAGAGUUCCCUCGGUUCAGGGAUGACUAAAUCUGUAUGAGAGGCGUUCAGGGACACUGCACAGCGUGGGACGUUCAUGUUCUACACAUUUCUGUGGUUUUACAUGGGAAAUAAUUAAAAAAACUCUACAUGUAGCAGGGUUUAGUUUGAUCUAAAACAAGAUGCCAUUCUCAUUUUUUAAUUGUAUGAGUUCCAAUGGGCUGCUGUGCAUUGUUUGCAUUUUUUAAAUAAACGAUGCAAAAAGACUCGACUGUGUUGCGCCGGUGAGCAGAACGUGAAACAGGUGGGAUGAAGUGACUGAGGUGGUUUUCCCAGGUCUCUGCGUUCAGACCGGAGCAGUUCCCGCAGACGGCGGGUCCAGCUUCCUGCUGGGAUCCCGCCGGUGUCGUCGUCCCCUCCAUUAUUCAUCCCUCAGCAGGGCGUCUUCCUGCUGCCCUCAUUUAUUAUGGCUGCGCUCGGAGAACCUGCACAAACCAGCUGAGGCAGAACUUCACGUCUCCGACAUGCUGAGUGGACGAUGAGCUGGGAACAGCUCUGAGGCCUGCCGGUCCCUGGUCCCUGGUCCAGGAAGACCACGAGGCCCACUGGUCCCUGGUCCAGGAAGACCGUGAGGCCGGUGCCUGCUGGUGUGUUCAGGGACCCUGCAGGUGGUCCAGCUCUCAGACCAGGCUGAUGGAAACAGGUUCUGAUGGUCUGACAGGACCCUUGCAGCCUCUGGACUCUUGGUCUGAGGACUUCCUGUCUGAAGCUUCAGUGUGGUCGUCCUGCUGAUCAGCCUCUCAUCCAUCCAGUCACGAUUCAAACAGCUGCUGUGAGAUAUGUUAAGUUAGAGAGCCGGAAGUUGUUCAAAAAGUCCCGAAACAUUGAACAGCUGGACAUUCAAACCUUCAGUGAAGGUCAUCUGAAAAGGUCAUGUUGGGUUCAUUCUCUAAUUCCACCCUAAACCCCGAUACCCCCUCCUGUGAGUGAGGCAUGUCUGAUAUUCUAUUAUUCAUGUCUGUGAUAUUUUGCUUUGUGUUUUGUGGAGAGAUUUCACUUGAAAAAGAGCAACAACACAAGUGAAAAGACAAAUAUAACAGGAAACAAAAAAAACAGCAGUGUUUGAAAGUGAACACUGUCCAGGCAAACAUGUGGAAAUCUCAAAGCAGGUGUAAUUAUUAGAAAAUUAUUACAUUUUUCUUUUACUUCUGUUCAUUUCCAGUUUUAUAUUUCAGUGUAUUUUACAACUUCUGCAUCAUCUUUAUCACAUUUUUAUCAUCAUAGCUCCCUUGAAACGGUCGGUGUGUUUUAUUACUGACAAUUCAUUCUCUUCUUGCUGAAAACACAACACUUCCAGCCAACCUGCAGUGAGGUGUGCCUCAGGGCUCAGUUCUGGGACCCCUCCUGUUCUUACUGUAUGUGCUUCCUCCGGGUCAGAUAAUCCAGCAGUUCAGUGACGUCUCCUGCUGACGACCUGCAAAAAACAAAUAAAAACAUUUCUGUUUACGAAGGCAUUCUAGACCCUCUGAGCGGCACUGUUUUGUCAGUAACUUAUACUGUUUUUAUGAUUUCUUAUCGCUUUUGUUGUUUUUGAUUUUAUCUGUGAAGAACUUUGUGACGAUUGUGCUGGGAAAAGUGCUAUAUAAAUAAAUUUUACUUAUUUACUUCA